AUGAAUACAUAAGGCGCUGAAAAUUAGUAAUAGGUCAGCGAUGUUUUAGCCAGUUAUUACCUCUAAUAUUUUUAGAAUAUGUGGGAUGUUGAAGGAAUAGAUCACGUUCCUGAUGAAAUUAUUGAUAUGAUGUCUCCCGAUAGUUUAUUUCUAAUAUAAGAAAAUUAGCUAGGUAUGUCGUUUACUGGUAUCUCACUGCUAUUCUCAGAAUGUGAUCGUGUUCUUAAGGAUAUAAAAUCAGAUAAUAUUUUAGAAGAUUAAAUAUAUGUAAGUGAGAUGAUUUCAAAAAUAAUGCUUUGCAUUAAUGGUGAACAUCCUAAAUGCUGCCAUAUAAGAUAAUUUCUCCUAAAAAACAACAAAUUAAAUGUAGAAGAAGAAAGGCAUUUCAAUGAAAUUAUUUGCAAGAGGUUUAAAAAAUCAAGCAUAAUUUGGAAUUAUAGACAUUAGAUUAUAGAAAAAUUACUAUAAGAAACGAAAAUAGAUGUUAAUUAACUCUUAAAUAAAGAAAAUGAAUUUAUCAAAGUAUUGUUGAAUAAAUUUCCUAGAAACUAUCAUGCAUGGACUUACAAAAUAAAUUUAAUCAAAAAUCUUGUUGAUAACUAAUAUAAAGUAAAUCUUCAAAGCGAAGUUGAAUGGGUAAAAACAUACUGCUAGAAUAAUGUUCACGAAUAUAGUGCAUUUAAUUAUCUAUUGUUAUUGAUGAAAAUCACUAACUUUCAAUUUUCUGAAGAUACACUGUUAUGGGCUUAGCAACUCAAAAUUAGAUAUGAAGAUUUAUAUAUUGAUUAAAAUCCUCUAAGUGAGAUAAACUACUCUCAACUUUAAUCUUUAAAUAAAUUCAUUUCAUUACUCACUGAAUUAGAAGCUAAAUAAGCUAAUAAAUGA